AAACAAAUACAUAUUCGAAUAUUGAUGAAUUAAAAUGGAGAUAGAUUAACACAAUGGAAAUGGAAUGGAAUGGAAAUGAACAUGAUAAUAUAUAUUGUUACCAUGGGGAUGUGUUGUUGAGAUUUGAAUUAUGAAAUCACUGACUUAUUUUUGAGAUCACAUUUUUAUAAGUAAAGCUGUUAUCAGGGCCGCGAUGCUACGAUCAACUGUAUAGUGGACCUGGAGAACAUUGAUAUUUUCAGCAACACAUAGCGUUUAUGUUUAAAUGCAUAACCAAAACAGAGUUCACCUUGAAUACAUUUAAAAUACUUUACCUGGGGUUACCAUAGUAACAUAUAACGUACUCAAGAUGCGGAACGAAACUUCAAUUAAGAGUAAAAAGGGGGUCAAUAAAUAUGAACCAAAGUUGUCGGAUCCAAAUUUUAAAAAAGGCAGUAGAACGGGGAAAUUGAAACCUUCAAAUGAUGACGUGAAUAUCUUGACGCUACCAAAGAUUAGAAAAACGCAAUCUUUGGAUUCACUUCACGAGACCUCAAGAAUUAAAACAAGAGCAGUACGUAACCAAGAUCCCCUCGUUGCAGUUACAUAUGCUGCAAGCGAAGAUGGACCGUCUGAUUCCGACGACGAUUCUGUGAUUAAUCAGUAUAAGAAAUAUUCAGACGACGCUGGAAUCGAGCCCAGGGUUCCUGAUACAAAGUUUGAAGGCAAGGACUUGCGAUUAAGUGUUCACCUCCCAAAGAUAUCGUACGAUUCAAGUGGAGAGGACGAGGAUGAAUUAGACUCGGAUGGAAAUAUACAUAUUAAAGUAAGCGAUAGGAAAAACGUGGGUGCAAGAGACAAGAGUAAAUGCAACAGAAAUCCGGACGUCGAUACGGACACAACAGGAAAAUACAUAGUUAACUUACCGCCCGUGUUCCGUUCCAAAAGUAUUGUUCAAAAAGCAGCACAGAAAAUCAUUGGAAAGAGACUGAAAACGACAUCACUUGACACGGCAACCGAUGCUUUUAAUGACAUACUUCAAGCCACAAACGCUUACCAAAGUAAAUACAUGAGAAAGACAAUUGAAACAAGCCCUUUAGCAAUAAUGAGACGAGAACACACGUUGCCGAAAAUCACAGGUUUAACGAAAAAAGUAAUGGCCAGUAACCGUUUCAUGCAACGUAUAGCAGACAGAGCGGUGAAAAGGAAUGCUAGUGACCUCCAGUUGCAAUCAAAGCGCCCAAUUUCGGGCUUAGAUGAUUGCGUCACUUCCAUUGAAUUAACGUCACCACGACACGGCGCUACAAGACGUCUGCGCGGCCCUCGGAGAGAUGCGGCUAUGGAUAUUCGAAGCCGUUUGAGGAGAGCGUCGUUAUCCUCCCCAGCAUCUUCUUUAAAUUCACACGAACAACAGGAAAUAUCAGCUAGGUCUGAGCGCG